AUCGACGUUUCUCCACCUCUACGCUCUCCUCGAAUGGAAAAAGUUGGAAAGAAAAAAUUAAAAAUAAAUAUAUGAAAUCGAGUAGGCUGUGGUGAAACAAAACAUAAGUUUACAAAUAAAUUAGCGAGUAAGUUGAUACGAUUCGUAACUUGUUAAUUGACCAAACCAAGAAUGCAUAAGAAUUCGUGUAAAUGGCGUGUUAUUGACAGAAGCAGCAACAGCAGCGGCAGCAGCAGCAGCAGCACUAUUAUUAUUAUGGAUGAUAAAGCAACAGCAGCGCCCACUGCAGACGCCGCGACCGAGACCGAGAAAGAGACAGAAUUAGCAACAGAGGCCGGCAAUAAUGAAAUUUCAUCAGUCACCGCCGCCGCCGUCGCCGCUACCGCCGCACACACAACAGUCACCGUGGAGCCCUUGCCAACGACCUCCAAGUUGCCUCAUCAGCAAAACCUCAAAACGGAUGUGCUAGACACAAGCAGUAGCGGUGCUAUUGCAGUGGAUGCCUCAGUGGAUACGGAACGGUGUUGUUGGAUCUGCUUUGCCACCGAUGAGGAUAAUCGUCUGGCCGCUUGGGUGCAACCCUGCCAAUGUCGCGGCACCACCAAGUGGGUGCAUCAGAGUUGCCUCUAUCGCUGGAUCGAUGAGAAGACACAAAAGGGCAAUGCGUUGCGUUCCGUGUCCUGUCCACAAUGUCAAACGGAGUACAUCAUUGUGUUCCCGCAAAUGGGCAGACUGGGCGGCGCCUUGGAGGCCAUGGACAAUGUGGUGAAGCGAUUGAGUCCGUUUCUGGCUGCGGGAUUCUUCGUGGGCUCGUUGUACUGGACGGCAGUCACCUAUGGUGCUGUUACUUUUCUUCAGAUUGUGGGCCAUGAGCAUGGCAUGUCUAUUAUGGAAGCGGGUGAUCCGCUUAUUCUGCUCAUCGGUCUGCCUGCCAUACCAGUUGGCCUUAUUCUGGGUAGACUCAUCCGCUGGGAGGAUGCGUUGUUGCGUUUGAUACGCAAUCGUGGAACCGUCAUGCGCAAAUUUCCCUUCGUCAACUUCAUCUACCCGAAUCUUAAUCAGGAAGAGGAACCGCCCACAUCAUCGAACCCGGCAACGCCUGCGUUAUCCGAUCCCGUAUCAGCCACUCGCAUCUUUUGCGGUGCUCUGCUGUUGCCCACAAUCUCGUGCAUUGUGGGUCGCAUCCUUUUCGAUUCGGUUGAGAAUACAUUGCAUCGCACACUGCUCGGCGGCCUCACGUUCAUUACGGUCAAAGGGAUGCUGAAGAUCUAUCUGAAACAGAAGCAAUAUGCGCGUCGCAAGAAGCGUCGUAUUGUCGAUUAUACAGAGGAGAAUAUACGGAAUUUUAUGCAUCGCAGCAAUAACAAUAGCAAUGCUGCUGCUGGUGGCGGCGGUGGCGCCACAGGACUUGCGGCUGGCGCACGUCAUCAUCAUCAUCAACAGCAGCAGCAGCAGCCAGUGCUGCCAAUGUCGCGGCUGGCCGCUGCUGCAGCCGCUGCUCGUGAACGGGAACGUGAUCGUGAACGAGAACGUGAACGGGAACGGGAAUUGGAGGUGAAUGGUGACAGCGUUGUUUGAAUUUGCAAAAUGGACACACUCAAUUGAAUUGCAGCAAUUGAUAAUUCAUAUAUGUAUGACAAAUACUUCUUGUUCAAAAUAGUUUCGUUUUUGCUUUAAGUUCAAAUUUGUUUAGAAUCCCCAAAACAAAAAAAAAAACAAAACCAAAACUGAAAAAACAAAUCCACACAUUUCUUCAGCUGGAAACUCUGAAAAAAAACCCAAAAUUCAAUGUUAAAUAUUUUGACGACGAUGACUAUGAAUGAUGAUGUACAAUGGGCAGCAGCUGUUGCACGUUGCUUGGCCAAAAUUGUUUGUUAACAAUACACACAAGAGAAAUCAAAUUGCACUGUCCAUUUAGCUAAUAAUAAAAAUAUAUGUAUAACUAUUAUAAUAUGCUAAACAAAAAAAAGCUAUGCUAAAUACAAUACGAUUAUAUAUAUAUAUAACUAACUAUAUAUAGACAUCACUUGAUAUACUUAUAUUAUGCUUCCACACAAAACUUUGAAUUUAUGUUGAUCACAUCUUUUUGUAAACACUCUAAAACUCUACUACAAAAUUGCCUAUGUAAAUAAAACCAACAACAAACCCUGUGGCUGUGGGUGGGUUUAUAAAUGAAAUUUAA